UACCUAAUAAUACAAAUGAAGAGAAUAGUAUCAAUAAUGUUGAUGAUGAUAGUAAUCUAUUAAAUUCUGAUGAUAGAGCUGAUGAUGAACAAGAGCCAUGUGGAAAUGCACGUGGAAAUGCACGUGAAGGUGCACGUGAAAUGUACGUAGAAGUGCGAGAGGAAGGCCAAGAGGAAGGCCAAGAGGAAGACCAAAAGGAAGGCCAAGAGGAAGAGGAAGACCAAGAGAGAGGGCACAAGGAACUUAUGCUAAUUUUUCAUUCAAAAAAAAGACCUCCAAAACUCUAA